UUUUCUAAGGUCUGAGAAGAAGUUUUGGAAAAUGUGAUGUGCACUUGUGCCUAUUUGUGGCCCAACUAAAAAUACCCUGUCAAACAGCGCGUGCUCACACUUGAUUGACAAUUGCAGUGCCUUACUCUGGGACUACAGGCAACUUUCAAAAGAUCAUAAGAAAAGAAGAAAUGCUGUCAUCUGCUUAGGAAACCUAUUGCUGCCUUUAUCUGGAUAUUCUCUACAAGCUGGAUUACAUAUUUUGUUCACUGUAAAAAAUCUUAGUUUUUGGAGAGCUCCAUUAUCUUUUUGUAAUUUUUAUUCUGCCUAAUUUUUGGAUAACUGAUUUAGUAAAAAUGGGCUCCAGGAGGCCAAUGACUCGCUCUUUCUCAGGGAAUGCAAGGUAUUCCUUCAAUAGUUCUAAUUCUCAAAAUGGAGAAGAACCACCUCCUCCUCCUCCUCCCAGUGCCAGGCCAGACAGCUGCAAUUACCUGCUUAAUGUGAGACCUGAAAACAGCUAUUCAAGUCACAGGUAUUUGCACUACAAGUCAUUGAGGAGCACUUUUUGCAGUGUUAUGGCUCAAUUGACUGAGGAAACCCAACCAACUUUUGAGACCACCCUGAAGUCAAAGGCUGUGUCUGAAGAUUGCAACGUAAAGUUCUCGUGUGUUGUGUCAGGUCACCCAGAACCUGAACUAACCUGGUAUAAAGAUGAUGUGGAAAUGGACCGCUACUGUGGCCUACCCAAGUAUGAAAUUUUUCGCAACGGGAAAGUUCAUACUCUUCACAUAUACAACUGUACAGAGGAUGAUGCUGCCAUUUAUCAAGCCUCUGCCAGAAACAGCAAAGGCAUAGUCUCCUGUUCUGGUGUUCUAGAGGUUGCAACCAUGACUGAAUACAAAAUACAUCAGAGAUGGUUUGCAAAACUAAAGCAAAAAGCUGCCGUGAAAAUGAAGGAACUGGAAGAAAGUCGAAAGAGGGGUAAAGAAAAUGUCAUUGAGAUACAUGAACAGCUAAGAACAACUAGUCCUGAAAGAGUACAAAGAAAGAGGAGAUCCCCUGGUGAGGCAAAUAUUUUGUCUCCAGCAUCUCUGCAAAGCAGGAACGAUGCAGUGAAAACGAAUAUUCCAGACACUGAGUCCAGACUACAAGAAGAUGCCUCAGAUGUAAAGGAGUCAGCUUCAGAUGUUCCCAAUGGUUUCUUGGCCGGAUCUAAGGAAUCACAUGAUGACAGUAUAUCAGAGGAAGUCAUGCUGGAAAAUGGCAAUGAUUUUCUGACAUAUAUUUAUGAAACUGUGGAAAUAGUUACGAAAAGACCUGCCAGUAAGGAAUUCCUUGCUAAGAAAAAGAAAAAGAUUUCGAAUCAGGUUGAUGGAGGGCAAGGAACUGAAGAAGGUGAGAAGAGAAGUAAUGAAGAACAUGCCAAGAGUAAUGAAAGCAUGAGUCUGGCACAAUAUUUGGCAGAAUCAUUAAUGUCACAGAUACCUGAGGGAAAAGAAAAAACUGUAGAGUCCAGUGAUUUAAUGGACGAAACACCUGUUCUAAUUACUCAAAGUUCCAGAAUUUCUGAACAAAGCAACAACAUACAGACAACGUUACAUAAGGAGACAGAAUUUCCCAAGUCACCACCAGCCACAAGUCCAGGGUACUUUUCACUACGAGACAUCUUCUUUGGAAACAAAGAAGAUAGUUUUCUCAGUGUGUUGGAAUCAGAAGAAAAUAAAGCCAGUAAUGUAAAAGAAAUGCCUCCUCAAAUAACAUCUAUCCCAACUACGUUUGAAAAAAUAAACAGUUCAAACACAGUAAAUUCUGAAAUUAAGUCACAGAUAGAAGAAAGGUCCAUGAUGGAAACAGAAAAUACAACAGCAAUAGACAACAUUCACACUGGAGCAGCUGAUUCUAUACCUAGAUGGCAAGACAAUAAAAUGAGUGCAAAUGAGCAAAGUUUGACAUUAGAUAGUUUUCAGUCUUCUGCAAAUGAGGUCUUAGUGUGCCAUAAGCCAGAAGAAAAAAGUUUACUUUCAUUCAUGGAGAGGGAGGAGGAGGAAGAAGAAUCUGGUAGUAAACAGAAUGUUCUGCAGCAGGAACGGUUCAAACAGGCAGACAUGUCUGAGGUUGGACAUGUGGAGAAACAUGAGGACAUAAAGAAAACUGGAAGUCCUGAAGAUGACAAGAACACAUUACUUGUUUUAAAGAGUGAUAGAUUAGCAGUUGAGUCUUCUGAAGAAACAUUCCAGGUAUUGGAUGUGAGUAAUGAUGUAACCUUUCAAGAAGAAAGUGAACAGAAGUCUUCUGAGCAAACAAAUGAAAUUCUGAAGCUAUUAAUUGAACCACAGCAUACAUCACAUGAAUUUCCUGUACAGUUUAGGGGCAAUUCAAAUACUACGCCUGUGAUAUUGGAUGAAAAGUUUAAUCACACAGAUAGAGUAGAAUGUGAAAUAUCAACUAAUAUUGAGAAAACUGAAAAUCAAACCAUUACAGAACAUCUGGGAAUUGUAAAAGAGAGCUACGUGGAUCUACAAAAUGAUACAAUAUCCUCAGCUGAAGACGAUAUCAUGAUAACACCUAAUAAAGUACAUACAGUUAUUCCUCUGCAAAAUGAAACCAAAUUAAUCAGUGACAUUAUUGAACCACCUAUGAAACUGUUUGACAUUCCAGUAUCAUGCCCAGAAACAAUGCACAUAUUCCAGUUAAAUACUGGAAAUAUGCAGGAUGAAUGCAGAAAUGUUCCAGAAUUAUUAAUUCUACAAACAGAAGAAAAUGCUCUUAGCAAAGUUAAUGAAGCUCAGAAGAUAACCCAGUCUUUCCCUGAGAAAACAAUAGUAGAAAAAGAAAACAUUGGAAUUUUAGAUCAUCAGACUGUGGUUAGGAGUGGACCUGAUCAAAAUUGUUAUUCUGCAACUUUAAGUAAUGUAGAGCCACUUAUUCCACAAGAAGAGUUGCCUGACAUGAUGACAAAAGACCAUGAGGUUUCUGAAGAAGACAACACCUUUAAACAACAAAAGCCAUUCACAGAUAGUAUACUGCCCCAACAGCAGGAUGCUAUGAAAGUCCCACUUAUAAGUAAAACAGUUUCUUCUGAAAACAUAGCCCAGUCCAGUAAUAUACUUACAGCUGUGGACAAAGAUCUACCAUUAGAUGUUUCCCCAGCUGUUGGAAAUAAGCCACAUGAAAACAUAUAUUCAGUAAUGGAAAUGCCAUCUGUUGAAACAGAAGAUCUUUUUAUUAACCACAAUGAGUCCUUAGUAGAGGUGCUACGAUCUGUUAAAAAAGAUCUUGAAAACAGUCAGAUUGUUGAAACACUUCCUUUAGACACAAAUAAGGAUGGUGUGGAAAUAAUGCCAAGCAACAAUGAAAAUAUCUUGGAUAAUAAUUUUUUUUCCCCUCCUACAGAAGCAGUUGCAGAAACCUCGAAAAAAGUAUUAUUAUCAGAGGCUGAUAAGCUUGCAGUAAGCACAGACAUGUAUGUCAUUCUUGAUGGAAAACCAAACAUUCCAGAUGACAACUUAUCAAUUAAAGGUUUAAAGAAUGAAGAAACCAUUUCUAUAACACAGUCAACUCAGUCUAUUCACAUACCUAAACUGAAAGAGUCUACACAGGCACCUUCUGAAUAUAAUAUAUUGCAAAAAAAAGAAAAAGACCCCAAAAGUGCCCCAGCUGUUCUCAUUGAAAGUUCUAUAUCAGCAAACACUGUUAUUGCAGACGUCCUCGGACUUAGUUCAGUUCCCUCAAUAAGAGUCGAUGAUACCCUCUUUAAAGAGGUCUACAAUCAACAAGAGGCUAGCCCCCAAACAGAGAAAAAAGAUAAACCUCUUACACAACAUUCUUCUGAGAACAGUCCCAAGCUAAAGCAUAAUGAAAUCUUGCCACUCAUUCCCUCUGCUACACCUGAAGAAUUGGCUUCUGGGGCACGCAGAAAGAUUUUUAUUUCAAAAUCCAAAGGAGAUGAAUUGGACGGAACAAUUUUGGAUAACCAGGUGAAGAAGGAGGAGCUAUCUAAACGAAGGCAACUUUCACAGGAUCUUGAGAGCCCUUGUGCUUCUCCUGGACAGUCUAGACGAGGCCUGACCUUUUUACAGCCUCCUAUGGCACCUCACACUACACCAGUGGAAAAAUGUUCACCAAAGCUUAACAGGAAAGUAUCCACUCUUGAGGUGCCCAAGCUGUAUGAAGAUACUAAUGUAAAAAAUGAAAGCAAUAAAGAUUUCAAGACUGAUAUAAAAGCAGAAGACAUGAAGAAGCAGCAGGACCCCUUUAAAGCUCCUCAGGUGAUCCGAAAGAUUCGAGGUGAGCAAUUCUCAGAUACUUCAGGACACUUGAAACUGUGGUGCCAGUUUUUCAAUAUAUUGAGCGAAUCUACCAUAAUGUGGUACAGAGAUGAUGUUCCAGUGGCAGAAGUAAGGAGAAGUUCUGGAGAUGAAGAUCAGGUUGCCCUUGCUAUCGUGCAGGCAUCUUCAAAAGACUGUGGGGUCUAUACUUGUGCAAUAAAUAAUGAAUAUGGAUAUGAUUCCACAGAUUACCUCCUAAGUGCAGAAAUACUAUCAGAAUUCAUUGUAAGGGAAGAAGUGGAAGUAGGGGAAGAGAUUGAGAUGACAACAAUGCUGUUUACGAAGGGGCUUGCUGAUUCAGGAUCCUGGGGAGAAAAGCUCUUUGGGAGAAUAAUGACUGUGGAAGCCUGUGUUGGAAGUGGAUGGAAAAGAAAAUUAUGCAAAGUGAAAGUUAUCUACGGCUUGGACCCAGUAUUUGAAUCAAGUACCACUUGUAUUAUUAAAAUACGAAAUCCAAUUGCUUAUGGGACCAAAAAAGAGAUUGGCUUAAUCGAGAAAAACCAGGAGAUAUCAAAACAGGAAUGCAAAAUUCAGAAUACUGCCCGGGAAUACUGCAAAAUAUUUGCUGCAGAAGCACGAUUGAUUUCAAACUUUGGUGCAGUACCUGAGAUUAUACCUCUACAUCUUAUUUAUCGACCUGCCAAUAGCAUUCCUUAUGCCACAGUGGAGGUGGACUUGGAAGGUUCCUUUGUCACAUACAGUAUUAUGGAUAAUAUGGGAAAUAUAGUAAGCAGGAAUACAUCAGAAGAAGACCAAAAAUGUUGUGCCUUUCAGCAUUGGAUUUAUCAGUGGACAAAUGGGAACUUACUGGUCACUGAAUUAGAAGGAGUUGGGCUGAAGCUCACAAAUGUCGGAAUCACGACAAAGUCUAAAGGAUAUCAGGGCUUUACUAAUAAUUAUUGUGCACAUCUACUGGAACAAUUUCCCAGUUUGCAUCAGUGCAAUUACUACUGUGGUCUGCUUGGACUGCGAAAUUUGAAGAACACAGAAGUGCAGUUGCAAGGUAAAAUAAAGGGAUCUCGGAGCCCUCUGCUAAACAGAAAAGCUGGAUCAGGGUCCUCUAGUCCACAGACACAGAAGAAAGGAAUGAUUAGCCCUCAGGCUCCAAGAAAGGGCCCCGUAAGUCCAAAGGUUAUUAAAAAAUCGGACUCUGGGGAUACUAAAUCAACAGUAAGUCAUAAAACAGUAGAAAUCCCUAAAUCUGUCCGAAUGAGAUAAGAAAAAGAAAGAAAUAUUUUGAACAGAUUUUAUAAUCUUUCAGUUUGUUGUAUUAAACAACAGCUGAAGUUUGUAAUGAAAGUGUCUUGCAGAACAUGCCAUCUUUAAUAUCUCACCAGUGCCUUUACUGAAGCUUGUGAUUGACAAUGAGAAUAAAAUAAUGCUACCUUUUCACCAAAAAAAAAAAAAUAUAUAUAUAUAUAUAUAACAUGAAAAAGAUUUGCUUUGUUUCAGUUAAAAAUGGAGAUGUAUAGCAAGUAAAAAGUGCAUGAUUUAUAUAAUUAAAUAUAUGUGUCUGAGAAAUGCUGAAAUUAUGAAUAACACUAUUUUACUUCAGUUUUAAGUUUGAUGUGAUAACAUCUUGUGAGACAUUUCUCUUCAGUCUUUGAGUUUAAGAUAUAUCUCUUGGUAAUGGAGGAGUUAAAGGAGAAUGCACUCUUGGAUUUCCUGUAUCUGUCCAGAAUCCAAGACCUGGGAGAAAUAUGCAGCUCCUCACAGAUAUGAAAUUCUGUAAAAAUAUUUGUUGAAUGUAAGUGAAUCUUAACCACAAAUUAUUAACACAAGGUUUUCAAAAUUUCUUCUCUUGUUAGUUUUGUAGCUUGUAUUGCUCUCAGGAGCAUUCAUGUUUUUUCUGCAAAAUAUUUGGACUACAAGGUGUUUUUAAUGGAUUAGAUCUCAUUGUAGAGUAUUUGUUUCAGUGAUAAUAUACAAUUAUAAAUACUUGUGGUCCAAAAAAAUAUGUCAUAGUGGAUCUUAUUCCACUUUUGAAAUGACUAAAGAGAAAUUUUAAUUAUGUGUUAAAAUAAUGAUUUGGCAUCUGAUUAUCAUCUUUAUGUAGUAUUUCUUGAUUAAAAUGCUGCUUUAUGAUUUUGUAUUUUUUCAUGACCUAACUUUGUUAAUGCCAUCUGUACACAUACUAUUAUCUGAUGGUGCUUGUAUUGUAUGAAUAUAGGAUGUAUCUGUUAACUACAGUGUACAUAUAAGACAAUAUAGUAUGGCAUUCACUAUGAAAGAUGCUGUAUAAAAUAAAGGUUAAUUCAGUGACUGAAAUAUCUAUUUAUAUUAAAUGCUAAUGUCUGUCCAUCUGUUAUGCAAUAACUCAUAAAUUAAUGGGGACAGAAUCUUGAUCUUGGUCUUAAUCAAAAGCUUAUGACCUGAUAUAUUCUGGAAAUUCAAAAUAUUUUAGGUAACGGCAACCUGAUUGGCAGAAAAGUUUAUUGUAAUUAAAGCACAGUUCGCACAAUCCCACAUCAACUGAUAAAUCCCCCAGAACAUGGUACAUAUGUGUUCAGAAUUCAGAAUCAAGUGUAAGUUCUUAUGUUUGUAAACAAUGGGUAGAGAGAUUAAUGUUGUUUAUAUCUAUCCUUUUGUAGCGUUUUGUUUUAGGACCAUAGGCCUGAGGGUUUCACUAGUUGCUUAACAAUGUUAUUAUUACACUGAGAGAGAUUUCCUAAUAUUUGUUACAGUAUUUAUUUAUUUUCAUUUGCUUUACACAUUUAUGCUAAUCUUAGUUGGAAACUAACAGCAUUCUUUUAAUAGUUAUGUACAGAUCACUUGCUAAGUUUUUCAUCCACAGAGAGUCUUUCAUAAUGAAUAUUUUCCUAAAGGUUCAUGUAAGUACAGGCAGAUUAUAUUUCUUUUCCACUGGCAAGAAGUGAGAUAGGAAUUAAGAUUUGAACGUGAAUCUUUGUACAUUCAAGCCAUUAAGCAGAAUAUUAAUUAAAGGCACUCAGUUAUUCUGAAUUUGUGGCACUAAGGUUGCCUGCAACAGACAGAGAAAAUGUACUGCACAAACAAAGCAGUUUCCAAAGCAAGUGUUGAGCUACAUGUACAAGAAAAGGUUAAUUUGAUCUGAAUGAAGUCACAUCUUCAGUAAAGCACAUGGUAACCUCUGAUGAAAAACUUUCCUUCCUUUCUUUUUUUAUAUGAAUGAUCCACAUAGCCUGAACUUGUCAUUUUUUGUGAGUAAUCUUAUUCCAUACUGAAUUAUUCAGUGUUUUUCUCAGUGAUUGUGAUAUGGUUAUUGAAUUAUCCCUGCAAGAUCUAGUGUGACGCAUUUCUAUUAUUUUCUUAGCAAUGCCUUUCACGUAGCACAAUAAUCAGCAUUUUAAAAUAUUUUUGGCAUUCAUUGGUUUUGAAACACUAGCUUAAAAUGACCAAUCAGGUGGAAAUGUUCGGCAUCAUGUAAACUUUAAAUAUACUACUUGAUGUUGAAGAAAUGUUUAAUUUUGUGGCAUCCUAUUUGAACAGAGGUGAGGUAAGCUGGAACUAGAAAACAUUUCUUUCUGUUUCUGUUGCAAAAAAACAAAAAUAUUGAUCAUGACUUUAUUUUACUGUAUUCUAAUUGUAUGCCACGAUGCUGCAGUGGUUAGCACUACAGGGACCGGGGUUCAAUUACCAGCCUGGUCAAUACCAAUGUGGAGUUUGCACAUUCCCAUGUCCUCUUCGUCUUUUCUGCGGACAUUUGGAUUUCUUCCCUAAUCCCCAAAACUGUACAUGUUAAAUUAAGUAGAGACUUGGCAUUUGCCCAUAAUGAGUGAGUUUGGAUUACAGGAUAGAUUCUGCCAUCCUGCCGUGGAAAAGGUGGGUGGAGAAAACAGAAAGAGUGAUAAGAGGGGUGUUGAAAAGUUUCAACCUUAAUUUAUUAAUUUCAAGCUUAAUUUAUAAUUUCCAUGUAAGUCUUUGAAGGACCUGAUGAAUCUUUGUACCUGAGUGUGUGAUAUAUCCAGUGACCCAAGAGUUGUGAAAUGUGCAAAUGAGUGGCCGAUCAUCUGCUUCAAAAAAUUCUUGUUUCUUUUUAGUAGUUUUAUAUGCUAGCAGGUAGCUUGCCCUUGUGCUGGAAACUUAGAUAGUGGACAGAAAAAAAAACAUUUUCUGGAGCCUGUAAACUAGAUUAGCAUGUUUGGCAGAAAAAUGCCAACUGAGAUUGGAUUCUUUAAACACUAUAAUGCUUUCCUUAGAAAUUGAACAUACAGUACAGCCUUUGUUGCAACUACUGUAAAAAUGUAUUCUGAAGUCUAUUCUUUGCCGAAGACAUUGAAUUCUCUGCUAACUUUCAACUUGGUGCUCUGUUCAUUUUAACAGAGUUUACCUCAUAAUAUGACGGAACUUCACUAACCAGUGAAUUAAAUUGUUAUAACAUAGACAGAUAGAAUAAUAAAAUGUAAGAAAAAAACAGCAUGAAACACAUUUUUUUCAGAUACAACUGGCCAGGAAACUAGAUCUGGUCAUUCGGCCAUAGUUUGCCCAGCCCCCAGAUAUAUGGUUCUUUUGAGGUAUGUAAUCCAUAUGGACUACAUUUUCAACAUCACAAAAAAGCUUUGUAUGAGUUUGAUUACACUGCCUUAAACCUUGCAUUUCUGUGGUGUUGGAGAAGUCACAAUGCUUUCAUUGUAUUGAAUGUUGUUUGAAUUCUGGGUCAUAGUAAUGAAUCCAAGUGCUGCGCCUAGUUAUGAAACGUUUCUUAAGUUUCUCCCACUUCAGAUUCAUUAGGUUGAGAUUCUCCUUGCAGCACUGGAUUUGGUGAUGUUUUAUUUUGGGAGUUAACACUCUGAGAACCCAACAUGUAAAGCCCUUGCUCAUGUUUAAUUGUUUUUAAAGAAUGGAUUGAAUUGACCCAAAAUUAAUCCCUUUAGUGUCUCCUAACUUUGACACUAUCACUCUUUCAUUCUAUAUAAUAAUGUGUUCCAAGUUGACAAGAUUUUAAUUAGGUAAGAAUGAAUCUCAAAAAGCAUAUUGUUCUCUAGUGUUAUAUACACAGUGAUAGCAUAGUACUUGAUUUUAUGGUAUUUGACAUUCAUGUUCUAAGCUUUAUAACUCACUGGUGAUGCCUCAACUGGAGUAUUAUGUGCAGUUUUGGCCUCUGGGCUACAAAAAAGACAGAGAAAACACUAGAAAAAAUACAUACAAGAAUGACUAGGCUGAUUCCAAGACAGUGGGGAAUGAUUUAUGAGGAAAGAUUAAGAGAGUUGAACCUUCUCAGUUUAAGCAAAUGAUGACAAGAGAUGACACGACUGAAGUGUUUAAAAUUUUAAAAGGAGUUAUUACAGUGGAUAGAGUUACCUUAAAAUGAGAACGUGGUGACACAGUUGGAAGGGUAUACUUAAGGGUAAACUUUGCACAAACAUUAAUAGUUCUUUUUCACACAAAGAAACAUAGACACAUGGAAGAAGCUACCAAGUGGUGUGGUAGACAAUAAGAACAUAGAGACAUUCACGACUCGACUUGAUGUUGUUUUGGAGGAAUUAUGUGGAUAGGAUUGACAAGCAUUGUUGGGCUGAAUUCCCUGCUCCCAUCAAAAGUGUUUAUAAUAUUCUAAUGUUAGCUUAGACCUGAAAAAUAGAGAUACACUGUAAACAUAAAAAAAAACAUGUAAUUCAUAUUUUCUAUACACAGAAUGCAGUAUUUUAGCCACCUGCAAAAUCUGCACUGUGAUUUUCCAAAUUCAAAUUUAGACUUUUCAUCACCCCUCAUAUAUCAUCGUUGGGUAGCAGAUUAACAUAUUGUGUAGUAUUGGUGCCUCAAAAAGCUUGGCGUCUUUCUGUGUGAGGGCUGCGUGUUUGUUGUCCUCCCUAAAUUUAAUGAUACUUAACAUCACUUCUGUUCACAGGAAAUGAUUAUCGGCUUUGUACUGUAUGUGUUGGGCUUCCAUAUCAUUACGCUUUUAAUUUCACCAGUUAUAUGUUAUUGUGUUGCUUAUUUUUGUGACUUGAUGGAUCAAAUCAUAUUUCAUAAAUCAUCAUCAAUCUAUGCAUUUUUGAAAAUGUUAAUUUCUUCACCAAUGUAUCCAGAUUUUGUUUAAUGCACAUCUAACUAAUGUGUUUAACAGACAAUUAUUAUUGUAUCUGGAUAAGUCACAAACACACUGCGGUUAAUACAAGCAAUAGAUACAUACUUAAACUUUACUUAUUUUAUACAUUAAGAAAGAAAUAAGCAAACAUAUGUUAAACAUAACAUUUGAAAAAACUCUGACUCAAGCUAAUAGGAAAAUAUUCUUCAUUCUUUUAUACAGAAGACAAGUUAUACAAUAAUAAUUAUUAAAACCUACACUUUAAUAAGAAGAAUUAAGUUAAAUGAUAAUCUGAUUUAUUGAUGUUUGGGUAGAAGAAAAUGUGAAAGAUCCACAAGACAUGUAAUAAAAAUGAAUUAUGACAGUUUUUAAAAUGUAAUUUUUAAGUGGCUGACAAUUUGAAGCCUAACAUAUACAGAAUCCAAUUAUCUUAUGAAUGUAUGUGUAAUUUGUAGCAUUUAUGAGUUCUGCAAAGGCUUGUGAAAAUUACCAUUCUUUGGCAUGAAUCCAGAUCAAUUUGAUUUUUCAAUAUUGCAACCCAUUUAAAUCUUUAUUCAAAUAUUUUGUUCGGUUAAGGAUAGUUACGUGUAAUAUGGCUUGUGUUUGUUAUUCCUCUCUGACACUGUUAUACAGUGUAAUUAAAUGUCUCACUUUUACUGUAUUUGUAAAAAUGUACAUAAUUUGUAAGAAUACAAUGUCAUUUUAACAAAGCUGGAACCUCACACCCAAUGUGCAAUAAAUAUUUGAACAAAGAA